AGUAGCUGUAGAAAUGCGGUAAUAUGACCAACGACAAGAUGAGUACACGAUUAGGUUAAUGUGUUUAGCGUUGCAACUUUUCGUUCUUUUGGUACAGAUAUGAUGCGACGCUGCUAGAAGAUAAGGUGUCGGCUUUCGGAAAGCCGGUAGAGAUCAUCACCGGAUGAAUGCGCCAGCGAGCCGCCGUGCUAACCACCACCGCAGCAGGGAUUUGUGGCACGGGCUAUUGGCGAGUCCGACGUCGCAAUUCCUAGCGUCUUUUUUUUCUUCCGUCUUGCGUGCAAAGGCGAGAACAACGAGGCAGGCCUCCGCUGUGUGGUGAUGUCAUCACAGAGAUGACUCCGAUGGCAGCACAGCAUCGCGUUCCUUAAUUAAUUGGCGACAAAUCAUUUUGAAAAUAUCUUCUUUUGCCACAAGACGACCGACGUACUGCUGCUGGUACUCUUGUAGUAGCACUUCUACCUCGAAGUCGAACUACUCAUUGCGUACAUCGAUCCAGUUAGUAGCGGCUGCGAACCAUAACCAACACGACGAACUACGUCGCGUUGCCACGACUGAACCGCGAUCCCUUUUUUCUCUGUUGCAACGUUGAGUGAAGACUCAUCAUCAACGGCCAUGUCAGCUGUGCAGUUCACCGCGAACACCUCGAGCAGCCGAUCCUCUCGCCACCCAAUACGGAAUCGGAACGGAUCAGAGGAGCACUUGAUUCUAAAGACAGGGACCGGCCGGGUUCCGGACAAUUAUCAUCCAGAGCGACGAUCUGCCAGAAGCAAUCCCAGUGUUUCUAACGAUGUUGUUGACCCGCGAGAAACGGGUCCACGUCGGGACACCGGGACAACGCAACAACUCGAGUGCACUCCCUGUGAAGAAGACGGCAAUUCGAAUAGCCGAAGUGGUGCCUACCUGUAUCAGGUACAGAAUAAUGUAUGACAAUGAAGACUUCAUUUGCGCCUCUGGGAAAUGAGAUGUCGUUUACUGUGAUGUUCCUGCCCUCCACAUACGCUAGUAGUACAUCAAGUAGAUGAGGACCGCAGAUCACGUUGUCAAGGGAAGAGAACAUCAUUUUUGCGGCGUACGUUCGUUUCAAAAAAGCCAGAAAUCUUCCAAAACAAUUGCAGGUGUGGCCCUCGAACAGUAGGUAUUGUUGCGGCGGCGCCUGCAUGAUUGGCGGCGAGAAAGAUUGUCCUUCGAUUGGCCACUUUGCGCUUCCGCACGUGUUGAUCCUCUCUCUCGCCGUCGUACUGCCCUCGGUCGUGGGACUUCUUUCCUCGUCUAGCAUCGUCAACGCCUACCGGGCACACACCGCGGGCGACGGGCAGCAGGAUCCCUACCCGGAUGCUCCCCAGCAGCACAGCACGAACCUUAUCACGAUGGGCCUUUUCUGGCUGGCGUUCCUCGCGUCGCUGCUGCUGCUUUACCUGGUUUCGUAUACCGACCCCGGAAUCCUGCCGCGACGAGGGAUCAUCCUGGAGACCGGGUUGCAGAAGGGGCUGGAGCACUUACUAGGAUACAACCUCUUGGGCGAAGGCGACCCGACCGGCGACUUCCGCACUGACGCCGUCGCAAUGGUGCCCGAGCGGCUCCGCGUGAAAGGGUAGAGACUUUUUGGCACUUUUGUCUAGAAUAGCUUCGGUUCCGGUUGUCCAUGUCCUGAUGAUGAUCGUGGCAAGCAAAAUGCUGAAAGCCAAAACAUACGAAAGCGGCCAUAGGAGCAAAGAUCUUGACACCAAUCUAUGUAUAAAUAAAUCAUCAAAAACAAAAUAUAUGACAGCUACCGGUGGUGCCGGACGUGCAUGAUCAUUCGGCCUCCCCGCUCGGCGCACUGCCCGGAUUGCGACAACUGCGUUCUGAAGUUCGACCACCACUGUCCUUUUUUGAACAAUUGCAUUGGGCAGCGGAACUACGCAUUUUUCUACACCUACAUCUCCAGCAUGAUCGUCGUCGCGCUUCUCACCAUCAUCCUCGGCGCGCGUGCCAUGCAGACACAGCACUCCCUGCAGACUCUGUUUGGGCAGGCCGGUAUUUCUCCGAAGUCCAGCAGAAGUUACAGCCACGGAAGUAGUAAUAGAAGCGGUCGCGCCCCGCCCCCUGGAACAGCGGGCCGCCCUGGUGGUGGAGCAGCUCCACCCGCGUCUAGCGCAGUAGUCGCUGGCGACCCACAGCACCAGCCAAAUUUUGGCCAACAACCAGCUGCAGGGCAGAACCAAGCUCCAACGAACAGUAGUUUCUUUCUGAGCACGUUUCAGUUUGAAACGCCGACGGACUGGGUCUUCUUCUUCACGUGUGUGGUCAUUACCUGCGGUCUUCUUGCAGUGGUGGCACUCUGGUGCUACCAUCUCUUUUUGCUGUGUCAAGGGAAGACGACCAAGGAACACCUGAAGGAAAUUGCGGUGGAUGUUGACGAUACCGAGGGCUGCUGGGCAGGAAGAGGUACAAGAACUUCUGGAAGGAACUGUUUCACUUGAUUCUGCGACUAAAGUAUCUCUAUCUGUGCUGACAUUUUGUCUUUGCCCGCGACCGUAUCCUUCAUGGUCAUGAAACUGUUGCAGGUUUUUUCGCUCUUUUACUCUCAGUUGCGUUUCUCAGAACGACCGCAGGAAAAAUUUUUCAAAGAAACUCCUUUCAUCCGCAGGCGCUAAGCUGGUAGACCCGCGUGCCUGGAUAGCCCGGCCGCAGGUUGUGUUUAAUCCUCCGCUCGCGGACAAGAGGACGACGCAGGAAAGCGAGCAAGAAUACGUACGCGGACUGCCGGACAGCAAGACCUCAACUUCGACGUCCACCUAUAGUCGCUCGAGUAGGACAUCGAACAAAGGAGGCGGCGCCAUGCCUCUGGUAGGCGGCGGCAGGAGCACAUACCAACGUGGCCAGCAGACCGGAGGACGCGGACGACAACAGGAGGACCAACAAAGGAAUCAACAACAUAGGACAACAUCAAGCGACCACGACCAGAAGCAGAAGAGAGGAGGUGGUACAACCACUUCUAGUAGCCAUCUUCACUACAAAAGCGCCCGUAACAGAACCAGCGAUCAUAUCACUUACGAAGAUUUGUACCCCGCCAAUGAGUCACCAGCGCCGUCAAGCUCGAGAAAUACAUGCGAAAGCAGCGCCCAUGCUCGUGCUCGCAUCAGCGAGGGAAGCACGACGAGCAGCUACGCUCGCCGCGCUGCUGCUGGUCAAAGCAAUCUUCAUGUCCAGCUGAAUGCCGACCAUGUCGAUGGUGCUGAACGGUACUUGUACUACCGUGAACAAGAAGCUGAUGACGGAACAAGCAGUACCACUACCGGCACACAGUUUUUUGGGAGGGGAAAGAACAAGGCAGGGAAGACAACAAACUCGAUGUGCUAUGCGCGACAGCAGACCAGGGACAGUGCAACAAGAAGUGAAGAUGUUGAACUAGGGGGACCACGAAAGAUGAACCAAGUGGUAGUCUUCCCGAGCAGAUGUCGUCCUCACGGGAGCCAUAUGAGCGGGUCGACAGGCGGUCAUGCGCCUAAUACAAUGCCGGAGCUUCCUGAAAUCAUAGCGGAGGAGGGUGAAGAAGACGAUGUUGUUCAACAAGAUUAUUGUUCCGUUUCGGACCACCGCACCGUAGUAAGAACCCAAGAAUUAUUUUCGCGGAAUGGAUUCGUUCUCCAACAGGGACAGCACUCCGCGAGGCAAUCUUCCUCGCCCCAGUUGCGCCAGGAGCGGCAGAGCAGUCCUCCAUUUGACCAUUGCGUUGCGAAAGCGGCGGCUAAGAGUUGGCACGCUCCUUUGGUGCGAACAGAAUCACAAACUACAGCGGAUUCCGCAUUGUCGAGCGACUUGUAUCACGACAUAACCGUUCUUCCGGUUUGCCCACCCCAUUCUUCUGCAUCACACGCGCAACUACAGCGAGGGCCGCGACUCAGUGAGCAGUCGAGUUCGCAGCAGCACAACUUUCUAGAGACCGUUUUUGAACAGGACUACAGCCCCACCUCACAGAAUCACUUCUGCACCGGUAGCAGUAGUACUACGCAGCACUCGCGGGGCUGUGCAGCAAAUAACGGAAAGACACGAAGAAGUAGCACUGGGCCAGCACCGGCCAACAAGCUUGACUUCGCGGACAGUGUGCGAAGCGAAACCCUUCGUCAAGCGAGAUCCUUCCAAGGCCCGCUGUCUCAGUCUCACUGUGCGACUGCUGCUUCCGCUUCCUCCGCUGUGGGUUUUUCGAGCACUGCCCCCGCUGCAACGAAGAGGGACGAGGAGCGCGAGAGCACCGACAAAAUUCAUCGUACUUCCACGUCAUCCACACGACCGCAUUCUUUAUUUCCCGAUUCCGGAGAUAGUAACGCGCAUAGCCUGGAGAACGCGAAUGCUUUCGUGGCGCAGCAAAGUAAUAAAGCCGCACGCCCCGCUAAUGCGUCUUCUUCUUCUUCUCCGUUACCACGAUCUUCCACUGCGCAUCUGUUGGCAGCCGGGGGGGAUGGACAACUAGAGGCGCCGCCAGUUUUGCGUUGUGGAGCAGCUUUCUCUUCCAGGAUGCCCGCGGCCGCAGGAGCACUAGAAGAACUAGGUGAUGACGCUUUUCCGCGGAGACUGGUCCUCGAUACCACACGCGAUCGCUUCGGGGGUGGUCUACAGCUCGAUUCUGACGACGAACCUGACGCUGAGCCCAGGCACGAGGAAGAACUGCUGCAGCAUCGAAAAAUAAAUGAAUAUGACGGCAUUAACAGGUGUGCCAUAGAGGAUCAAGCCACGACGCUCCCCAAUGAUCGUGUGAACUCGGCUUUGCUACCAUCACCGUCGGCGUCCCAAGAAGAACUGACUUCUGAUGACGACCCGCUUGCUCUAGAGCCGGCCUGUGGUCGCAGUUCGCCACUGUUGACGGCUUACAAGACGUCGUCUUCUGUACUGCUGCCAGGCACAUCUCCCCAUAGGACUGCUUCAUCUACGUCGCACAGGUUACAACCACCUGCCGCACCUGCUGCAGGAGCAAGAAAAGCGGGCGCUAAUUCUUUUUCUUGGGCGGUACGCAGGGCUGCAGCUCUACAGCAUCAACAGACGGACCCAGACAGGGACAUCACCGAGCGACACGCAUUCAUCGACCUCGAACUUGCAGAGACGGAGAAUUCUCUACUUGCCAGAAGAAGCAUGCUCUGCAACGGAGGACGGGACCCCAGGCUCUGA